AGCAAUACGUGAUCUGUUUCACGGUGACAUCCCAGAGGACCACUGAGGAGGACAUUGUUCGAGACUGGAAUGAAAUUCGUUCAACUGCCGGAGAAAUUUUGAAAGAAGUCAAUCAAGAAUUGACAAGGUCGCCAUCCAGGGUGAAAGUUCGUUUGGCUGAAACGAGAGAACGUAACGCGAAUUUCGGGUCCAGUCGGCUACUAGCCAACUCUCCCAUGUCUACAAAAAUUGUUAAUGGCAGUUUUGUUGCUGUCUUUGAUAAUGGAGGUGCAGUAUCUCAAUGCGCAAAUGUAUUGUCCAAUCUGCAAACACAAUCUAAGGAUAGUCCAGGCAAGUAGAAUAAUUUAUUACAAUAUCAAAUAGUGAUCGAUGCUG